CUGCAAGUUGGUAGCGUGUACGCGACAGCGGAGACAUCUUGCGAUUUGACGUGGCAGCAGCGAAAUACGUAUUUAUGCCGAUGUUGACAAGAUCGGUGCCAUCAAUGGAGGAGUCGUGUUGGAAAUUAUUUAUGUAGUUUAUAUUUAUUUUUAUUUCUUUAAAUCUCCAAUUAUUGUUGUUAUAAUGUUGUUUUGGAGUUUCCUUCUGUCUGUUGGGUUCAUCCUGGGAGCCAGUGCUGACGAACAUAAUCACAUUUAUAAUGACAGGGAUGAAGUUGUAUUAUGGAUGAACACAGUUGGACCUUAUCAUAAUCGACAAGAGACAUAUGCAUAUUUUUCCUUGCCCUUUUGUACUGGAAGAAAAGAGACAAUUAACCAUUAUCAUGAGACACUCAGUGAAGCAUUGCAGGGUGUGGAACUUGAAUUUAGUGGUUUGGAUAUUGAGUUCAAAGCUGAUAUUUCAAGCACACCAUAUUGUGAAAUUCAGCUCAAUGAAGAAAGACAAAAGGCUUUUGUGUAUGCUGUCAAAAAUCAUUAUUGGUAUCAGAUGUAUCUAGAUGAUUUGCCUGUUUGGGGUAUUGUUGGAGAGGUGGAUGAAAAUGAGGGAACACCAAGUUAUUAUAUUUGGACCCACAAAAAGUUUGACAUUGGGUAUAAUGGAAAACAGAUUGUAGAUGUUAAUCUUACGUCAGAAAAUAAAGUGAAAUUGACUUUAGAUGUAAAAAUUCCAUUCACUUAUGAAGUUAAUUGGAAGAAAUCUAAUGUAAAAUUUGAAGAUAGGUUUGAUAAAUAUUUGGAUCCUAACUUCUUCCAGCAUCGGAUUCAUUGGUUUAGCAUAUUUAACAGCUUUAUGAUGGUCAUUUUUCUGGUUGGUUUGGUGUCCAUGAUUUUAAUGAGAACUUUGCGGAAAGACUACGCACGUUACAGUAAAGAUGAGGAACUGGAUGAUAUGGAGAGAGAUCUAGGUGAUGAGUAUGGUUGGAAACAAGUUCAUGGAGAUGUAUUCCGCCCAGCAUCUCAUGCAAUGUUAUUUUCUGCUUUGGUUGGAGCUGGUUAUCAGGUGACAGUUGUAGUGCUAAGUGUUAUUAUUUUUGCCAUUCUGGGGGAGUUAUACACAGAACGAGGAUCUUUGCUGAGUACUGCUAUAUUUGUUUACGCUGCUACAUCUCCUGUAAAUGGGUAUUUUGGAGGAAGCCUUUAUGCCAGAAUGGGAGGGAAAAUUUGGAUUCGACAGAUGCUACUAUCAGCAUUUAUGCUUCCAGCUCUAGUGUGUGGAACUGCAUUUUUCAUCAACUUCAUUUCCAUCUACUAUCAUGCUUCUCGAGCCAUCCCUUUUGGCACCAUGGUGGCAGUCACUUGCAUUUGCAUAUUUGUGAUUUUGCCCCUGACCUUGGUUGGAACAGUAUUGGGCCGAAAUCUGGCUGGUCAACCAGAUUUUCCAUGCCGCAUUAAUGCAGUCCCAAGACCCAUUCCUGAGAAAAAAUGGUUCAUGGAGCCUGCAGUUAUUGUAGUUUUGGGUGGAGUGCUGCCUUUUGGUUCUAUUUUCAUAGAAAUGUACUUCAUCUUUACAUCUUUUUGGGCCUAUAAGAUCUAUUAUGUAUAUGGCUUCAUGCUGCUAGUUUUCAUUAUUCUAAUGAUUGUGACGGUAUGUGUCACAAUUGUGUGCACUUACUUCCUUCUUAAUGCUGAGGAUUAUCGGUGGCAAUGGACAAGCUUCCUUGCUGCAGCUUCUACAUCAGGCUAUGUGUAUAUGUAUUCAUUCUAUUAUUUCUUCUUCAAAACCAAAAUGUAUGGCUUGUUCCAGACUGCUUUCUACUUUGGUUACAUGGCUUUGUUCAGUCUUGCUCUUGGUAUCAUGUGUGGUACAGUGGGUUACGUGGGCACUAGUGUGUUUGUGAGGAAAAUCUAUUCAACUGUCAAAAUAGACUAGAUUUUGCUAUAAAAAAAAUACACAUUGUGUGGCCUUCUUGGCUGGAUAGGCUGGUGCUUUCUGCUCCGGGACUGUGUCCUUUAUCAGUCUACUCUGAAGUUUAGAUGGACUGUCCUUACACAGUGUGAAAGUUGAAUAUAAACUGUGUAAAGGGAUUAGUUUAAAUUAUUGUUUUUUUUUAAUUGUUUUUUUUUCAACAGUGGCAAUGUGAGAUCUUGAGAAGUACUGCUAGAUUACAAGUAUGACUUGUGAGAAGAUGUGUCAAACAAUUUUUCAGUACUAGUUGCUGUGUAUUUGAAUAUUCAAUAAAGCUUGUUUCUUUUAUGUGAAACAGCAUUGUUCACAUCCUGUAGUGUCUUACUUUAGGUUGCUGUAGGAUGAUGCAUCUAGUGUUUUCUUUUCUCCAUGCUGUAAGUCUUGUAAUUAAUCAAAUGAUUUUUAGUUGUUUUUAAUGUAUACCUUACAAAGAGCACUGAUCAAACAAAACUGUAUAACUAUAAAACCAAGAAUAGUUUUUAUAUAUAGUGGUGUACUUGAUUCCAAACAUGGUAUCAUUCCUGUACGUUUUAAAACAUAGGGAUAGAUCAGAUCCAAUGAUCUUCCUUUGUAUUUGUGGACAUCUGAACAGUGACAAAAUGUUUGCAGGAAUAUGGGAAGGAUGUUAUCCGAGUGAGUACUUAAGCAGAAGCAGAAUUGAUGCAGCAUGAUGUUUGUAGAAGAAAGCGAUUGACUUCUGAUGAGUUCUGUAAAAGUGGUGGCCAUAAAUAGGCAAUUCAAAGGCCUCAAUCAGAAACUGAAUAUUGUGCAGCUCAAACAUACAGUAAUGCACAACCAAACCUCUUUACUUGUAAUUGUAAGAUGUUUCUUAGACAUAAGGCUCAUUAACCUCCUUUCUCUGUAAGAACUAUAUAACGUAUUUCAUGUGGGAGGAUAAUGUAUUUUGUGUAAUAUAUUGGUUGUGUCCAGCUGUGGUAUAACAUCUUCACAUUCUUUCAUUAUCUAUUAUAAUUGUUCCUAGUUUCUGUUUUGGUGUCCUGUAUGUAUGCCACAAUGUAUUUAAUUUGAAAACCUGUUUCUAUUUGUUUAGUAAUUGCAGAGUGAUUUUAAAUCAAAUUUGAGCAUUUUGUACAUACACCGAUUCCAUUGCAUAGUGCUAGACAAUUUUUGGAUUCAGUUAUUAAAGAUAUAGAACAGUAUGCAUGUCAUGAGCUGAACAAAACCAUGGAUUUUAUUGCAAAGUGAUUACAGCAUUUGGUGUGGAGACUGAACAUUCAAAUUUUGAGUGUAAAUGUGUGUAAGAGAGAAUCUGUCGUGUUGUUUAUGUAUGCAUGGACUGAAGGUUUGUUCUAGCCUUCAGGAUCUAGAGCCAAGUGCAUCUUGUGAUUAUCAACUGUUGUACACCUUAUGUACACUUGUACUGUGGGUUGAUUUGCAAUACAUGUAGACUUUAACCUGAC